AUGGAGCCUGCGCCCAAGCCCAAGCAGAGGAAACGAGUCUUGAAGAAGGAUGUCGUCGCAAAGAAUGCUGCACCUGUCGCUGAGCCCGAAGCUGUUCCCGAACCAGAGCCUGAGACUGCGCCCGCACCGCUGAAGAAGGCGACAAAAUCUACCAAGGCCAAAACGACAGAAGCCCCACUUGACCAGGACAAGCCAGUCGCAAAGCCAAAGACAAAGACCAAGCGCGCUCCUUCUCCUGAGCCUGCGCCAAUCAUCCCAGAGACACAGCCCGAACCUUUGGAGAUCGAACAGUCCAUAGUCCAAGAGGAACCUCCAGCCGAUCUUAUGGACAUUGACAGAGAGCCCUUGACCGCACCUCCACCACCAAAGACACACUCACGGCAGCGCUCAGCUUCAAUACAACGACAAGCUGCUCCCGGUGCUGUCUAUUCACGCGCGCGUUCAACAUCCAGACAACCAGGUACAUAUUCGCGAGGACGCAGCGCCAGCGACACGGAACGAAGAGUCGCAGAGUCAGAAGCAAACCGUAGAUUGGCAGACAUGACCAAGAAGUACGAGGAGAUGCGAAUGAAGUACGACUCGUUGAUUGAGCUGGGUCCAAAGGCCGCAGAGGCAAACUUUGAGCGCUUGAAGAAGGCAACAGACCAGAAAGCAAAAGACGCAAACGACCUGAUCGCAUCUUUGAAGAAAGAACUCGCCGAAAUCCGCAAAUCAUCCUCAGCAACCAUCACCGAAUCCGCAAAACUCCAAUCCCAAGUCGCAGCCCUGACAACAGAAAACGAAAAACUGAAAGAAGAGCACAAAGCCACCACGGCAAGCCUCACAGAAUCGCAAAACGAGUGCAAGGCAUUGACCGCAAAACUUGAAGCCGCGAGAAAGUCCAAUGCAGCAACGGACAAAGUACCUGGCUCUGCGGUCAAGAAGAUUGAGCACGGAAAGUCUCAUGGCGCAAGUGCGGAAAGUGUCAAGGAAAAUGCAUUGAAGGAGGAGCUGUACCGCGACUUGACAGGUCUCAUCAUCACAAGCCAUCUCCCAGCUUUACACUUCCACUUAACCAUCGCCACCGAUGAGGCCAUCACCAACCCAAAAACGCCAUCAGGAUUGAGUUACGAAGAUACAGAGUUUGCAUACGAACCUCUUUUGGAUGCCAACAGAGAUUCGGAUUUGAUGGACAUACUGCCUGACUAUCUCACCGAAGAGAUUUGCUUCCCGAGGAAUCAUGCAGUCAAGUUUUAUACCAAGGUUGUUGAGAGUAUGACUAAGAAGGUGGUUGUUGAUGAGGAUUGA